AUGGCAAGCAUGAAUGAGAGGUUGAAGUCUAGAGACAAGUUGGCUGUACUAGGGCUCAUCCCUACUGAUACAUGUCCAUUAUGUGGUUUAAUAUCAGAAUCUUAUUCUCAUCUGUUUUUUGCUUGUACAUAUAGCCUUCAAUGUCUUCGAGACAUUUUGACAUGGUUGGGUAUCAGGAUUGUUAGUGAUUCCCUUGCUGAUUUUACAUCUCGGAAGUGGAAGUGUGCUACAGCGAAGAGGAAGAUUUCUACUAUUGCACUAUGCAGUCUUACGUAUGAAAUCUGGAGUGCUCGGAAUGAUUCGGUUUGGAAUUUUAAAGUCCCAAUGGUAAGUAGGGUUACUAGGCAGGUGAAACUUGCAGUAAAGAGCAGAGUUUUUGCAUAUCCCAAUCAAAAGCGUUAA